AUGACCGGUAUUCCGGUCGUACCUCACUGAACGACAGCCCAGCGUUGCUGGUGAAAGAAAUGUCUGAAAUUAUGGGAGUGAACCUCAACGAAAACGAUAUUUUGAUCGCUCAUCGUUUACCGCGAACGAAGAAAGUGAAAGAUCAACUAAUUGUCAAGUUCACUCGAAGAGAGAAGAGAGACGAAAUCUACAGCAAGAGGAAAAACUUAAAAUCUAAGCGGACUAAAGAUCUCCCGUCUGUGGUCUGCGAGCCGGGAUCUGCGGUUGUAAGUCAUAACGCACAUUUCCGUGUCAAUGAAAGCUUAACGCCAUAGAGAAAACGACUACUGGGCAGAAUUUUACAAUUCAAGCGCGACCACAACUACAAGGCGCUCUUGCGCAUAAAAUUCCAAAAAGGAUACACCUCCUGGCCUCUAUGACUUAGCUCAUCCGGCUUCAGCUGUCCAUAAUUAUAAUACUAGGUAUGCCACUAAUCAAAACCUGUGCAGAUCAUUUUCCAAAACUAAUUAUGGCCUAGCA